AUGUCAACCGCCGAAGAAUCACCGGCUCAGCGAGCCGCCCGCCAGCGCCGUGAGCGUCGCGAGGCCAAGAUCAGAGAAGGAGGUUUAGCACGCCUGGACAAGAUCAGCAGUCUUAACGGUCGUACUCCACUGGCCGCUCGCGAAGAUGCACCCUCCCCAUCCCCUCAACCGGUAGCAAUCUCUCCAUCUCCAUCCCCACUGCCAGAGAACCUACCAUCGCCAUUCCAACCUCAACAGCCAGCAGACUUCCCAGCAGACUUCCAGGCACAGCAGGAUGCUAUCCGCGCUCUGCUUCGACAGGGCAUGCCUGGCCCAGACCAAGAUGAACAAUCCCCCGAGAUGGAGGACCCAACUCUCAAACUCCUGAAUUCUCUCUUGGGCGCUAUGCCCGGCGACCCCAAUGCGCCUCCACCCCCGCCCGGCGCCGCAGGCGACAUGCCCGCUCCGGCCCUCAACCCGGCAGCUAUCGCCUCAGCUCUCGGCGUGCCUCCAUUCCUUGCAAAUAUGCUGGGUGGAGGAGCCCAACCGACUGAGGCGGAGCAAAGAUCCCUGCGUAUCUGGAAGGGUCUACACAUCAUCUUUGCACUCGGAGUAGCAUUCUAUCUGGUGUUUAUCAUCGGGGCUUCAGUUGCACUGUUCGGAAAUCCGCCUCCUAAGCCUUCCACGGUCCAGAAUCCUUUCAUGAUCUUUGUCACGGGCGAGUUACUACUUACUGGAGGCAGAGUACUUCUUGGUGCUAAGCAGAGUGGACUGGGGAUAGCAGUUAAGGUCUUUAAAGAUAUUGUCCAAGAUGGCAGUCUUGUUAUCUUUGUAUUGGGGCUUGGGAGCUGGUACAAUGGCGAGUGGCAGGGCUACUAG